AUGGCCAAGAAAUUUGAUCUAAUAAAUGAUAUUGAUGGCAAGCGAGAAACGUUAAAGCUUGGUGUUAGAAUAACUUAUUUAUGGAUUGUUCAAAAUCGUGAUUCUACUAAGCAUAUUCAAAUGAUUCUGGUGGAUCAUAAGGGUAAUGUCAUACCUGCUUUUGUUAAGAAGGAAGAUGUAGGGCUGUGGGAGGAUAAAUUGGUCGAGGGUCAAACUUAUGUUAUGCACAAUUUCAAAAUCCUAAAGAACCAUGGACAAUAUAGGGUGUGUGAACACCCCUAUAAAUUAAUGUUCAUUGGUGCAACAACUAUUAAGCUGCAAGAAAUUGCAAAUGUGCCUAUUAGAGUGUACAAUUUCAAAAGUAUAAAGGAAAUUGUAGAUGGAACCUACUCUACUACUGAUAUCUUGAUUGAUAUAAUUGGGGUUGUGGACAAUAUUAAAAAUAGACACGACUCAAACUGUGUGUUCUUUAAUGUCAUGGAUCUAAGGUACAAGUUGGAAGUUCAAGUUUGUUAUGGAAAGGAUUAUGCUAACUUUGUUCUUUGGGAUCAAGAUUGUGCAUCGAUUAUUGGAAUGUCAACUGCAAAUUUGAGAAAGUCUAUGAUUGAGGUUGGUGAGGAUGAUCCUAAAUGCUUUCCAAAUGAUUUAGAUGUAAUUUUAGGGUGUACUUUGGCAUUUAAGGUUAAAGUUCAAUCACGUAACAUAUCUAUGUCAGUUAUGAAAGUUUCUAAUGAUGUUGAAAUUAUUGAGGAAAUUAAAGGUCAACUUCAACCUGAACAGCAUACUGGACAAUUGAGUGAAAAUAUCAUUUAUGAUUUAGGAGCUGAUACAUAA